AUGGCCAAGGCCAAGAUCCGUAGCUCCCAGAAAGAGCACUCAAGCAGCACCGACGACCACCACUCGGCCGCUGCACCUCGAAACGAAGAAGAGCAUGGCUUGCUGGCAGGCGGCGGCGCCUCGGACGACGAGGACGAGGACGGCCUCGUAGUGCACCCGGGACAACACGACGACGAUGACGAUAUAUCCCCCGGCACAGUUCCAAAAGUAGCUCCGAAAGGCGGGCAUCGAGCCCCCCGAACCUCCAACCGAGUCCGAUUCGAUCUGGUUCCUACCAAUAUCCCGCCGGCCGCCAAUGGCUCCCACAGUCCCCUGCCGCCCGCAGACUACUUCGACGUCGCGGAGCCCGACAGCCCCGACGGCGGCGGCCGGGGCGGACACGCGCGCUACCCACUGCUGACGGACAUCGAGGCGCCGUCGGUGGCGCUCGCCAACAGCCUCGACGGCGACGGCGACGACGUGCACUCGUGGGCGGAGCGCGAGCGCACGCGGCCCAAGUCCGGCUUACAGUCGGCCUUCAUGAAUAUGGCCAACAGCAUCAUCGGCGCGGGCAUCAUCGGGCAACCGUACGCGUUUAAGGACGCCGGGCUGGCGGCGGGCGUCAUACUACUAAUAGCGCUGACCGUGGUCAUCGACUGGACCAUCCGCCUGAUCGUCAUCAACAGCAAGCUCAGCGGCGCCAGCAGCUUCCAGGGCACCGUCGAGCACUGCUUCGGGCGCCCGGGGCUGGUCGCCAUCAGCGUCGCGCAGUGGGCUUUUGCGUUCGGCGGCAUGGUGGCCUUCGGCGUCAUCGUCGGCGACUCGAUCCCCCACGUCCUGCGCGCCGUGUGGCCGGCGCUGCCGGACCUGCCCGUGCUAGGCAUACUGGCGGAUCGCAGGGCUGUCAUUGUCAUUUUUGAGCUGGGCAUCAGCUACCCCCUGACGCUGUAUAGGGAUAUUGCUAAGCUGGCGAAGGCGAGUACGAUGGCCCUGAUUAGUAUGGGGGUCAUUAUUGCUACGGUUGUCAUACAAGGCGUGCUCACUCCGAAGGAAGACCGGGGAUCAUUCAGCACGCCGUUGCUUACGAUCAACGAGGGCGUAUUUCAAGCUAUUGGAGUUAUAUCAUUCGAGCCGCCAGCCUUCGUGUGCCAGCACAACUCGCUCCUCAUCUACGGCUCCCUCAAGACGCCGACGAUAGACCGCUUCACGACGGUGACGCACUAUUCGACGGGGAUCUCGAUGGUGGCCUGCAUGGUGAUGGCGCUCGCGGGGUUCCUGACGUUCGGCGACAAGACGCUGGGCAACGUGCUCAACAACUUCCCGGCGGACAACACCAUGGUGACGAUCGCGCGGCUCUGCUUCGGGCUGAACAUGCUGACGACGCUGCCGCUCGAGGCCUUUGUCUGCCGUGAGGUCAUGCUCAACUACUGGUUCCCCGGCGCGCCCUUCAGCAUGGUCCUGCACAUCGGCUUCAGCUCGGCGCUGGUCGUCUCAGCCAUGGCGCUCAGCCUCGUGACGUGCGAUCUCGGCAUCGUGUUUGAGCUCGUUGGCGCCACGAGCGCGUGCGCGCUGGCGUAUAUACUGCCGCCGCUUUGCUACAUCAAGCUUAGCUCCCGGUCGUGGAGGACGUAUGUGGCCUGGGGCGUCGUGGUCUUUGGGUGCGCUGUCAUGGUCAUUAGCCUUGUCCAGGCCGUGGGCAAGAUGAUCAAAGGCGGAGGCGAGACCGUACAGUGCAUGUGA